GCUCGCGUCCAGUACAACACCGCGCUCCGAUACGCGCGCACGGUACUACACUAGCUCAAACAUAGCGCGCUUAAAUUUGAAAAUAGUGAUGUCGUUCAAUUAAUUUUUAAUCGAUGUAAAACACAGUGCGGUGUAAUGUAUAAUGGUGGGUACAGUUAGCUAGUGUGGCAUUGUGACUUAAUUUAAAAACAACUAAAAAAUAAAAAAAUUGUUAAAUUAACAUCAUCAAUGCAUCUAAAAGUGAACAAAGAAGAAACCGUUUACUAGUCAAUUGGCAUCGUACUUAUAAGUGUAAAUAUAAUAAGAAGUGAUGACGCAGUUAUCUUGGAGACAAAAGGCUGGUUGCUUCUUCGGAGCACUAAAGCCUGGAGACGAAAGACCGGAGUUAUUCGCAAGGUCAUGGUUCGGCCUCUGGGCUGUGUACUGGCGCGUUCCCAUCUUCCUUUGGUCUCUCAUCACGAUCACCUGGUCAACUGCUGCGUUCUGGGGCACCACAGACAAGUAUAUGUUGUACAUGACCCACUGGGGAUUACUACUAAUACUAGUGGAAUCCUUAUUUGGUGUAAUCGUUGCACUCAAAGAAGAUGGUUAUGUACCAGGUAUACCAGAGCCAAUUCACACGGACGCUACAACACCUGAUUACGGAAGUUUCGUUGGAUCUUUGAAGAAUGAGAAUAAGAAAGCUGAGUUUCCUUGGUACGUGAAAGUGUAUUGGGUACUGUACAAUAUCACCAUUCCCGUCGCCUUCCUCAUCACCGUCUUCUACUGGUCAAUACUAAACACCGCUAUAAAGAAGGUUAACUACGCGCCGAACCCAACGCUCGAUGUGAUGCUACACGGUGUGAACAGCCUGGUAAUGUUGACAGAGCUGAUCCUGUCCGCGCAUCCCAGUCGACUUCGCCACGUCAUGCAACCUCUAUACUUUGGCAUCGUUUACCUGAUAUUCACCAUUGUAUACUACGAUGCAGGAGGACUUGAUCCUUGGGGUCAUGUGUUCAUCUAUCCAGUUAUCGACUGGUCCAAGCCGGAGCAGACGUUGGUGGUGGCCUCCCUCACGGGUCUCUUCCUCGCCCUCAUGCACAUACUGACCGUAGGCGUGGCGACUUUGCGAGACAUGAUCGCCAGACGAUGUCGCAGCACACCUAAUGGAUUAUACAAUGAUGGAUUCGAAGCUUAAUAUCGAUUCUUCGAAAGUAUCGAUGUAUGAAGCAUCGAAAUGUAAAAGAAAAUCGAUGCAUUGAGAAGUAAGCGUCGAUACAAUCGAAUCAAUUGAUAGAAGUUAAAAGAGUAAUUAGAAGAGAAAGAUCUUACAAUUCGAACGUUCAGCGUAUUUUGGAUUGUAUUUUAAUUUGACAUUAAUGUGUCGUGAUGUAUUUUUGACUGAUAAAAUAAAUGUGGAAAAAAAGUACUUGUUUACUUACAAGUAUUUUGUGUAAAAUGUACCAGAAAUUUUGUAUAAACCUUAAAUACUUU